GGCUGCGGCGCCGAGCGGGGCCGGGGGGGCUGUGCCAGGGGGGCUGUGCCGGAGCAGCACCACGGCCCCAACAUGGACUGCGAAGCCAAGAAGGGCAAGAAGGGCUUUGUGUCACCCAUCAAGAGGUUGGUGUUCCCCAAGGCCGCUCGCAAGCCCGCACCCCGCAGCACCGCGUACCGCCGGCCCCUCCACUCCGUGCCCCUCUACCCCCCCGACUACCUGAUUGACCCCCAGAUCCUGCUGCAUGACUACGUGGAGAAGGAGGUGAAGUUUUUAGGCCACUUGACCUGGGUGACAGCCUCCCUGAACCCCUCCAGCCGGGAUGAGGUGCUGCAGCUGCUGGACACGGCCAGGCAGCUGCAGGAGCUGCCGCUGCAGACAACCCCGGAGCAGGACAGCAUCCUCAGCCUCUCCGCCCGCUGCCUCCUGCUGACCUGGCGGGACAACGAGGAGCUGAUCCUGCGCAUCCCCACACACGAGAUCGCUGCUGCCUCUUACCUGCGCGAUGACGCCCUGCACCUCCUCAUCCUCAAAACAGGCAUGGGAGUGGACCCGGUCCCCGCCGGAGCGCACCCCGAGGCAGCCCCGGCCGGUGUCCCCGAGGCCUUCCCCGCCGAGAAGCGUCCGGGGGGCUCGUGGCCGGCGGGGGGGCGGCUGGGGGGGCCGAUGGAGCGGCGGCACACGAUCUGCAGCCUGGACUGGAGGGCAGCACGGGGCGGGCAGGAGGGCAGGCAGGGCGGCAGCCUGGAGAGGCGGCGGGGAGGCAGCUGGGAGAGGAGGCAGCGCGGGCGGCCCUCGGGCAGCUGGGAGCGGCGACAACCCGGGGGUGGCAGCUGGGAGCGGCGACAACCCGGGGGUGGCAGCUGGGAGAGGCGACAACCCGGGGGUGGCAGCUGGGAGCGGCGGCGAGCUGGUACCGCCGGCGGGAGCUGGGAACGGGGCGCUGGGUUCGGCAGCUGGGAGCGGCGACACACGGGCAGCAACCCCCUGGACCCCCAGGAGCCCUGUCCCGACGCCUACUCCAACCUCGUCAUCCUCGCCGUGCCCAACAGGGAUGCCGGGGAGGAGUCCUGUGCCCUCAUCUGCCAGGUCUUCCAGAUCAUCUACGGGGACCAGAGCAUCGAGUGCGUGGACCGUGCUGGGUACCACUACACCUCCACACCCACGCGGCCCUGGCUCUCCAGCAGGAGUGAGAGCUGCCGCACGGACGGGACGUAUGGAUACGAUGCUGACUUCAGCUGCUGCAGCUCCUUCAAUGGCUCCCACGAGACCUUCGAGGCGUAUUACAGCGGUGGUUCCUCACCCUCCUUCCACCGGUCCCACCACAGCCUGGCCACCGCCUGCAGCAGCAGCGACCAAAGCGGCGCGGGGCUGGAGCAGCUCCAGGACUACAUGAUGACACUGCGCAACAAGCUGUCACCCCAGGAGAUCCAGCAGUUCGCUCUCCUGCUCCGCGAGUACCGCUUGGGCGGGCCGGUGCGGGAGUACUGCGGGGAGCUGCUGCGCCUCUAUGGGGAGCGCAGGAAAUUCCUUCUCCUGGGGAUGAGACCCUUCAUCCCCGACCAAGACAUCGGAUACUUCGAGACGUUCCUGGAGAGCAUCGGGAUCCGGGAGGGCGGGAUCCUGACCGACAGCUUCGGCCGCAUCAAGCGCAGCAUGAGCAACACCUCGGCCUCGGCUGUGCGCAGCUACGACAGCUGCUCCCUGCGCUCCGAGAACGAAUCCUUCAACCGCAUCAUCACCGACAUCACCCACGACAUCGAAGCGCUGGCGAGGGACGAGGAAGAGGAGGAGGAGGAGGAAGAGGACAACUACCUGUGAAAGGAGAGCCGGCACCCCGCACCCUCCCAUUGCUGUACCCCCCAGCCCAGCCUCGCCACUGCCCCAUGCCUGGGGAUGUUGUCCCCUCCUCUGUCACCACGGGAGGGGACAGGGGCUCUGGCAGCUCUCGGCAGGGCUGAGGACAUGGCAGAGCAGCUGGGGAGGGGGGGAACCCCGGCUGGUAAUGCCGUGUGCUGUGAUUCCUGCAGAUUGCAAUUAAACGCUGGAGCGUUUCAUAAAAUCACGGAACUGUCAGGGUUGGAAGGGACCUUACAGCCCACCCAGUUCCAACCCCCUGCGUGGGCAGG